UUGACCGAGCUAUCAACCAUCUACCUACCGCGGUCGUCUUCUCCGGCCUACAUCUACGUCUGUUUACGGGAGGUCGAGGAGGGAGGCCUACCAACUAAGACCAAACUCACCUCCUCAGUUUUCGAAGGUAAGAAGGGAGGGAGAUGGUGGCAACUGCGAAGAUUGCGCCGUCGAUGCUAUCGUCGGAUUUCGCAAAUCUGGCUUCGGAGGCAGAACGGAUGUUAGGAUUCGGCGCGGAUUGGCUUCACAUGGACAUCAUGGAUGGGCAUUUUGUUCCAAAUCUAACCAUUGGAGCUCCAGUCAUUGAAAGUUUGCGAAAGCAUACAAAGGCGUAUUUGGACUGCCAUCUUAUGGUGACAAAUCCCAUAGACUAUGUGGAGCCCUUAGCUAAGGCUGGCGCUUCAGGCUUUACAUUUCACAUUGAAGUUUCCAAAGAGAAUUGGAAAGAACUUAUCCAAGGAAUCAAGUUGAGGGGCAUGCGACCAGCUGUGGCUUUGAAACCUGGAACACCUAUAGAAGAAGUUUAUCCAUUGG